ACCCGCCGCCAAGGUUCCCGAAAGCCGCACUGUGGCCCCGCCCCCGGAGCCACGGCUGAAGGAAGAACCUGUCUCCCGCUGCGCCCCAGUGACGAAGCCCAUCCUAGGGUUCGGGAGAAGGGGAGGGGAGGGAGAGCAGAGGAUUUCGCUCGCUUGUGCGAGAUACGGGAUGUGCUGGCGGCGCCCGCUCAGAGCAGAGAUUGGCAGUUUCGGAUCCAAGGAUGGUGAUGGCAAAUCUUACCCGAGUUCCUUGUCAAAUUAAAACUGCCACAGAAUAAAUCCCGCUGCCUGCUGCGAAGCCCCGGCGCACUGCAAACUUCAGUGAGCGAACUGGGUAAUCAGUGUUUGGAUAUGCAGAUCCCUGAUUUAAAAGGCGGGGUGACCCCCCCAAGAACCUCUCCCGGGGACCGAAGCCCGCAGGUGCAGUGAGGCGUGCGCGCGCGGGUGCUGGCGCCCCCGAAGACGCCUCGCCGGGGGAGAGGGAGCCGGGGCGUCCGGCGGGGUCUGGCGGCCGCGCACGGGCGGCUUGUCUCCGGCGGCGGCGGCGGCGGAUGAUGGUGGCGGCCGGCGCGCUGGUCUGUGUCUGUGCGUCGCCUCGGAAAUCCGCGCCCAGCGCUGCACGCUGAGCCCCUGCAGGUCCUCCGCAGCCCGAGUCUUGGCGAGGACCGACCCGGCGCGCAGGGGCCGCGGACCCGCGCGCGGGGGGGCCGGGGGGCCAGUGGGGUCGGCUUAUCAUGGCGGAUCGGACAGCUCCCAGCUGCCAGCUCCGGCUGGAGUGGGUGUACGGGUACCGGGGUCACCAGUGCCGCAACAACCUGUACUACACCGCCGGCAAGGAGGUGGUCUACUUUGUGGCCGGGGUCGGGGUGGUUUACAACACCCGCGAGCACAGCCAAAAAUUCUUCUUGGGACACAACGACGACAUUAUCAGCCUUGCCUUACACCCUGAUAAAACUCUCGUUGCAACUGGCCAAGUUGGGAAGGAGCCAUAUAUAUGUAUAUGGGAUUCCUAUAAUGUCCAGACUGUGUCUAUUCUUAAAGAUGUCCAUACACAUGGAGUUGCCUGCCUGGCCUUCGACUCAGAUGGACAGCGUUUAGCCUCUGUGGGAUUGGAUGCCAAAAACACAGUCUGCAUUUGGGACUGGAGGAAGGGAAAACUUCUGGCGUCAGCCACUGGCCACUCUGACCGGAUUUUUGAUAUUUCCUGGGAUCCAUAUCAGCCAAACAGAGUGGUUAGCUGUGGAGUAAAACAUAUAAAGUUUUGGACACUAUGUGGAAAUGCCCUAACUGCAAAAAGAGGGAUAUUUGGCAAAACAGGGGAUCUUCAGACCAUCCUAUGCCUUGCAUGUGCCAAAGAAGACAUCACCUACUCUGGUGCUUUAAAUGGCGACAUCUACGUCUGGAAAGGGCUCAACUUAGUCCGCACUAUUCAAGGAGCACAUAGUGCUGGAAUCUUCAGCAUGUAUGCUUGCGAAGAAGGCUUUGCCACUGGUGGACGAGAUGGGUGUAUACGAUUAUGGGAUACUGACUUCAAACCAAUAACUAAAAUUGAUCUCAGGGAGACAGAACAAGGAUAUAAAGGCCUCUCUAUCCGGAGUGUGUGCUGGAAAGCAGACCGACUUCUAGCAGGGACCCAGGACAGCGAGAUCUUCGAAGUGAUUGUACGGGAACGGGACAAGCCGAUGCUGAUCCUGCAGGGCCACUGUGAAGGGGAGCUCUGGGCUCUGGCCCUGCACCCCAAGAAGCCGCUGGCAGUGACAGGCAGUGACGACCGCUCAGUCAGGCUGUGGAGCCUGGCGGACCACGCCUUGAUCGCCCGCUGCAACAUGGAGGAAGCAGUUCGCAGCGUCGCUUUCAGCCCUGACGGAUCUCAGCUGGCCCUGGGCAUGAAGGACGGCUCUUUCAUUGUUCUCCGAGUCAGAGAUAUGACAGAAGUAGUCCAUAUCAAAGAUCGAAAAGAAGUCAUUCAUGAAAUGAAAUUUUCUCCAGACGGUUCUUAUCUGGCAGUGGGAUCCAACGACGGCCCAGUAGAUGUCUAUGCCGUCGCCCAGCGAUAUAAGAAAAUUGGAGAAUGCAACAAGUCGCUCAGUUUCAUCACGCACAUUGACUGGUCUUUGGAUAGUAAAUACUUGCAAACUAAUGAUGGCGCCGGAGAACGGCUAUUCUACAGAAUGCCAUCUGGGAAGCCUUUAACAAGUAAAGAAGAAAUCAAAGGGAUUCCUUGGGCCUCCUGGACAUGUGUGAAAGGCCCAGAAGUGUGUGGAGUUUGGCCAAAAUACACUGACGUCACUGACAUCAACUCAGUGGAUGCAAAUUACAACAGCUCGGUGCUGGUGUCUGGUGAUGAUUUUGGACUGGUUAAAUUGUUCAGGUUUCCUUGUCUCAAGAAAGGAGCCAAAUUUAGAAAGUACGUGGGCCAUUCCGCACAUGUCACAAACGUCCGCUGGUCUCAUGACUUUCAGUGGGUAUUAAGCACAGGAGGGGCUGACCACUCGGUUUUCCAGUGGAGAUUUAUUCCAGAAGGUGUCAGCAAUGGUCUGCUGGAAACCCCACGCCAGGAAGGUGGCACUGAUUCCUACAGUGAAGAAUCUGAUUCGGACUUAUCUGACGUGCCGGAGCUGGACUCUGAUAUUGAGCAGGAAACUCAAAUCAACUAUGAUCGCCAGGUUUACAAAGAAGAUCUACCUCAGCUAAAGCAACAAAGUAAAGAGAAAAACCAUGCAGUGCCCUUCCUCAAACGAGAAAAGGCUCCUGAGGACAGCUUGAAACUCCAGUUCAUCCAUGGUUACAGAGGCUACGACUGUAGAAACAAUCUGUUCUACACACAAGCUGGAGAAGUGGUCUAUCACAUUGCCGCAGUUGCUGUCGUGUACAACAGGCAGCAGCACUCCCAGAGGCUGUACCUGGGACACGACGAUGACAUUCUCAGCCUGACCAUCCAUCCAGUGAAGGACUACGUGGCCACCGGGCAGGUUGGAAGAGAUGCUGCUAUUCACGUGUGGGACACACAGACUCUAAAAUGUUUGUCACUGUUGAAAGGACAGCAUCAGAGAGGAGUGUGUGCGCUUGAUUUUUCAGCUGAUGGAAAAUGCCUGGUGUCUGUUGGUUUAGACGAUUUUCACAGUAUUGUAUUUUGGGACUGGAAAAAGGGAGAAAAGAUAGCCACCACCAGAGGACAUAAAGAUAAGAUAUUUGUGGUAAAGUGUAACCCACACCAUGUUGACAAACUGGUUACAGUUGGGAUCAAGCACAUCAAAUUCUGGCAACAAGCAGGAGGGGGCUUCACCUCUAAAAGAGGAAUUUUUGGAAGUGUUGGAAAAUUGGAAACAAUGAUGUGUGUUUCUUACGGGCGAAUGGAAGAUCUAGUGUUCUCAGGAGCAGCUACUGGAGAUAUUUUUAUCUGGAAAGAUAUUCUACUACUCAAGACAGUGAAAGCUCAUGACGGGCCCGUGUUUGCCAUGUAUGCAUUGGACAAGGGCUUUGUAACAGGUGGAAAGGAUGGAAUCGUGGAGCUCUGGGAUGAUAUGUUUGAAAGAUGCUUGAAGACUUACGCCAUUAAGAGAGCAGCAUUGUCAACUAGCUCAAAAGGCUUGCUUUUGGAAGAUAACCCUUCUAUUCGUGCCAUCACUUUGGGACACGGACAUAUCCUGGUGGGAACAAAAAAUGGAGAGAUCCUGGAAAUUGAUAAAAGUGGCCCAAUGACACUGCUUGUUCAGGGACACAUGGAAGGAGAGGUGUGGGGGCUGGCGGCUCACCCUCUUCUGCCCAUCUGUGCAACAGUGAGUGAUGAUAAAACACUGCGGAUCUGGGAAUUAUCCUCCCAACACCGUAUGCUGGCAGUACGGAAACUCAAAAAAGGUGGACGAUGCUGUGCCUUCUCCCCUGAUGGGAAAGCCUUAGCAGUUGGCUUGAAUGAUGGGAGUUUCCUGGUCGUAAACGCUGACACUGUUGAAGACAUGGUCUCCUUCCAUCACAGGAAAGAAAUGAUCUCUGAUAUUAAAUUUUCAAAAGAUACAGGAAAAUACCUUGCUGUGGCAUCCCACGACAACUUUGUGGAUAUAUACAACGUCCUUACAAGCAAAAGGGUCGGCAUCUGUAAAGGGGCUUCCGGUUACAUUACACACAUUGACUGGGACUGUAGAGGAAAAUUACUGCAAGUUAAUUCAGGUGCCAAAGAGCAACUCUUUUUUGAAGCUCCAAGAGGCAAACGGCAUAUAAUAAGACCUUCAGAGAUUGAGAAGAUAGAGUGGGACACAUGGACCUGCGUGCUGGGGCCCACCUGUGAGGGAAUCUGGCCAGCACACAGCGAUGUGACCGACGUAAAUGCUGCCAGUCUCACCAAAGACUGUUCCCUCUUAGCCACGGGAGAUGAUUUUGGCUUCGUUAAGCUCUUCUCAUAUCCUGUCAAGGGCCAGCACGCAAGAUUCAAGAAGUACGUGGGCCACAGCGCCCAUGUCACCAACGUGCGAUGGCUGCACAACGACUCGGUGCUGCUCACAGUGGGCGGCGCCGACACGGCCUUGAUGAUCUGGACCAGGGAAUUUGUGGGAACCCAGGAGAGCAAGCUGGUGGACAGUGAGGAGUCGGACACCGACGCGGAGGAGGACGGAGGCUAUGACAGCGACGUUGCGAGAGAAAAGGCCAUUGAUUAUACCACCAAGAUCUACGCUGUGAGCAUCAGGGAAAUGGAAGGCACCAAACCACACCAGCAGAUGAAGGAAGUUUCAGUGGAAGAAAGACCUCCCGUUAGCAGAGCAGCUCCCCAGCCUGAGAAGCUCCAGAAGAACAAUAUCACCAAAAAGAAACUGGUUGAGGAGCUGGCUCUGGACCACGUAUUUGGCUACAGAGGGUUCGACUGUCGCAAUAACCUGCAUUACCUGAAUGAUGGUGCAGACAUCAUCUUCCACACAGCUGCGGCCGGCAUCGUUCAGAACCUCUCCACAGGGAGCCAGAGCUUCUACCUGGAGCACACGGACGACAUCCUCUGCCUCACGGUGAACCAGCAUCCCAAGUACAGAAACGUGGUGGCCACCAGCCAGAUAGGCACAACCCCUUCCAUCCACGUGUGGGAUGCCAUGACCAAGCACACCCUCUCCAUGCUGCGGUGCUUCCACUCGAAGGGGGUGAAUUACGUCAACUUCAGCGCCACUGGGAAGCUGCUGGUGUCGGUGGGCGUGGACCCCGAGCACACCAUCACCGUCUGGCGCUGGCAGGAAGGUGCCAAGGUUGCCAGCCGAGGGGGUCACCUGGAGCGCAUAUUCGUGGUGGAAUUUCGCCCUGACUCAGACACGCAGUUUGUGUCUGUCGGGGUCAAACACAUGAAGUUCUGGACCCUGGCGGGCAGUGCCCUGCUUUACAAGAAAGGGGUCAUCGGAUCCAUGGAGGCUGCCAAGAUGCAGACGAUGCUUGCUGUGGCCUUCGGUGCUAACAACCUCACUUUCACGGGUGCCAUCAACGGCGAUGUCUACGUGUGGAAGGACCACUUCCUAAUCCGGCUGGUGGCCAAGGCUCACACAGGCCCCGUCUUCACCAUGUACACGACCCUUCGGGAUGGACUCAUAGUGACCGGCGGGAAAGAGCGGCCGACCAAAGAAGGGGGCGCUGUGAAACUGUGGGACCAGGAGAUGAAGCGCUGCCGGGCCUUCCAGCUGGAGACGGGGCAGCUGGUGGAGUGCGUGCGCUCCGUGUGCCGCGGCAAAGGAAAAAUUUUAGUGGGGACCAAGGAUGGAGAAAUAAUUGAAGUUGGUGAAAAAAACGCUGCUUCCAACAUCCUGAUUGAUGGACACAUGGAAGGGGAGAUCUGGGGCCUGGCCACACACCCCUCCAAGGACAUCUUCAUCUCUGCCAGCAACGACGGCACAGCCCGCACCUGGGACCUGGCUGACAAGAAACUACUCAACAAGGUGAGCCUGGGCCACGCGGCCAGAUGUGCAGCCUACAGCCCUAACGGGGAGAUGGUGGCCAUUGGCAUGAAGAACGGAGAGUUUGUCAUCUUGUUAGUGAACAGCCUGAAAGUCUGGGGGAAGAAACGAGACAGGAAGUGUGCUAUCCAGGAUAUCAGAAUCAGCCCAGACAGCAGAUUCUUAGCCGUUGGUUCUUCUGAACACACCGUGGACUUCUAUGACCUCACUCAGGGCACAAGUCUGAACCGCAUUGGCUACUGCAAAGAUAUCCCAAGCUUUGUCAUCCAGAUGGAUUUUUCCGCAGAUGGCAGAUACAUCCAGGUGUCAACAGGAGCCUACAAGCGCCAGGUGCACGAGGUCCCCCUGGGGAAGCAGGUAACCGAAGCCAUGGUCAUUGAGAAGAUCACCUGGGCCUCCUGGACAAGCAUUUUGGGAGACGAAGUCAUUGGCAUCUGGCCACGAAAUGCAGACAAGGCUGAUGUCAACUGUGCGUGUGUAACCCAUGCUGGACUGAACAUUGUCACAGGAGAUGACUUUGGGCUGGUGAAGCUCUUUGAUUUUCCAUGCACAGAAAAAUUUGCCAAACAUAAGCGUUACUUUGGUCACUCAGCUCACGUGACAAACAUCCGUUUCUCUCAUGACGACAAGUAUGUGGUCAGCACUGGAGGAGAUGACUGCAGUGUGUUUGUGUGGCGAUGUCUGUAAGUGCCAGAAUCCUCUUACUGCUGCUGCCACUACCAGCCAGCAACCGCAGAGGCAGCGAGUGGGUGCCUCCUCGGCCCCAGCUGCUGGGAACUGCCUACAGCGGGCAGGCCGCACAAGCUCCAUGUGCUAGUGAAGCGGGGUGGCUGCUCCCAUCGUCCGGAAUCUCCGAAACUGUGAUGCCAAGACGGGAGGUCAGUUCUCAGAUGUUAAGACUGCUUGCCUGUUCCUGAGACUAAAAUCUAUAUGUACUAAGUACACGGACAAAGAAAUCCUAUCUGAUAAUGUAGCCCACUGACAAAAUUUAAAGCCUCAGUUACCCUAAUCUAUAUGUAGCUUUUAAUUUGCAUCAAAACUUUUACAAAAGAUGUUUUGCUAUUAUGUUUCUAUAUACUUUAAAAAUGUUCACUUUUACAAACAAAGAAGUUGAACAGGACAGCUUAAGUUAGGUUCACCGAAAUACUAGAAACAUUGAUAGCCUCUGUUCUCCACAUUUAGCUUUCAAAACCAAAUGAGCCAUGUAUAAACAAGUUGAGAAAACUUAAUUUUUUAAUGUUUCAUUUGCAGAGUUUUAUAUCCAUUAAGUGCCUUUGAAAGCUUCCAGUUGUGUGGGCUGCUGUCUCACCUCCCACAAAUUGUCUCCUUUCUUCACAUGGUGCUAAAAUGUCAAAACUGAGGAGGGCUACAGGACCCUUAGCAGAUUCCUGGGCUGUCACCCGUGUCAUGUGUUUAGGUCAAGGCUUCCUAAAUUAAAGACAUCAGAUCAGUUACCUCCCUGGGAAACAGUGGCUACUUGAAGGUGAGCCACAAAGAAACUCCGAAUUUCAGGAGCCGGGGAGGGGGGGUGGAUGGGAAGACUAGGUUUUCACUAUAUUGCGUGCCAAACCCACAGCCUCCAAAACAUUUCAAAUAAAACAAACCUCUACUACAAAAUAGAAGGGGGUGGGAUCAAGUGGCUCCAUGAGGCUGAGCUG